CAUAUCUUUUUCUCACGAAGUAACCGUGGUAAAAUUGAUACUACCGGCGCGUGGCUUCGACAUCGACUAUGGCGUCUAAUGGUAAUCCAAUGCUGCCUGCUAAUCGCAAUUGCUACAAUUACGGUCAACCGGGUCAUAUAUCUCGUUUUCGUCCGCUUCCGGAUCGAAGGUUGAACGGAGCUCAGACUUUCACGGCAAUCGUACCUGCUCAGCCGUUGCUGACUGUGCCACCUGCGUCGAACGUGGGAACUGCCGUACCUUAUUACUCUGGUUACAAUGGAGGGGCGGGUGGCAGUGGGUUGGGACAGAGAGUUAGAUCACUAGAGGAGAUAGUAGGAAGGAUUAAUAGUAAGCACGAGGCUGAUGAGGCUAAAGUUAAGAAAGAACGUGAAGAUGAGGAUCGGAAGGCGCGUGAGAAAGAAGAUGAGGAGAGAAGAAUGAAGGAAAAGAAGGAACGUGAAGAUCUCCAGAGGGAGAUGCACAAAGAGAUGGCAUCCAAACUCGAUAAAGUAUGCGAAGCGGUCAAUGCCAAGAAGGUCGGUGGUGACGAUGAGGUGGGGAAGCUUCGUGCGCAAGUUGAAGUACUCACACGACGUUGCUAUAACUUGGGAGGUGCUCAGAAGUCCAAGGAGGUGGAUAGUGAUGAGGUUACUAAAUUACGAGUUGAAGUCGAGAAACUGAAACCCGAGGAGGUUGCACGUCUUAGGAAGGAACAUGCUGAUGUGAAGGCUGCUACGGACAAGCGUCUGGCUACCUUGGAGGAAGUCAUCUUUGCUCUUCAAAAAAAUUGUGAAGCGGCCGAGGCGAAUGCUGACGUAUGGAGGAAUGAAGCUCUUCGCCCCGGCAACAAACGUGGCAGCGUGGCUAUUGGUCACACUCCUGUCAGUGAUGCUCGGGUUCGGGCAAGGAUUACCCCUGUGGUUCCACCGUGCUCUGGUGGCAGGGUUGAUGUCCAGCUGAAGAACAUCGUAGAAAGGCACAAACGUGAGGUGGAGCUGCUUAAGGAGAUGCGCGCCCGAGAGGUCAAGGCCAGGAAGGAGUCGGAGGACGAGGUUGAUAGAUUGAAGAAUGAGAUGGCAAGACUCAACACCCGCAGGCGUUUGAAGGGUACGAAUCUUAGGAGGAAGAUGGAUGAAGCUGCCGUACCUACUACGAAGGGAAAAACUGUUGUUGACUUGGUUGACCAUGCCAUGCAGAGGGAUGUUUUCUUACGAGCUGCUCGAAAGGAGUUACGUGGAAAACGUAAGGAGAAAGUUAUUGAUAUUUGCGACAAAGAGGGUGUGGAAUACACCACGCUUGAUCCCACCACGGAAGCGAUCGCCCAAGGGCGUGCUGACAGGGCAGUUGGAGUCGAUCUUGACGAUAGUAAAGGGAAAGGUAAGGAAGACAUUGUGGUUGAGGUGACGGAUGACGGAGGGGACAACUCUGAACCGAGCGACGGACGUGAUUCUGCCUCUUCUUAGGAUCACGCCUGGACGCGACAUUUUUGUG